AUGCGGCUCUCCUGCAAGGUGGCGGCGGUGCUGCUGUGCCUCGGCAGCCUGCUGCUGCUCUAUCUGCUGGCGGGCAGCGCCGCCGCCCCGCCGCGCCCGCCGCCCGCGCCCUCCGCGCCCGCCCGACCCGCCGCGCCGCUCGCCCGCCGGCAACCGCGGCUCAGCCGGAGCCCGCCGCGGAGGAGCCCUGCCGGCGGCAAACUCGCCGGCGCCAGGAAGCCUGGAGAACAGAAACAUUCAAAAGAGCCUUCAUCUUUGCAGUGCAUGCAUCUGGCAGUUGUGGCAUGUGGGGACCGGCUGGAAGAAACGCUAAUCAUGCUGAAAUCAGCAGUUCUCUUUAGCAACAGGAGGCUCUGUUUUCACAUUUUUGCUGAGGAUUCCCUUAAGCCUGAAUUUGAGAAGAAGUUAAAGGAAUGGCCUUCCUCAUAUACAAAGAAGUUUGAAUACAAUAUUUACCCAAUAACCUUCUCAGUAGGAAAUGCUCAGGAAUGGAAAAAGUUAUUCAAACCAUGUGCUGCCCAGCGCCUUUUUCUUCCGGUCAUUUUAAAGGAUGUGGAUUCUCUCCUUUAUGUGGACACUGAUGUUCUCUUCCUGAGGCCCAUCGAUGACAUCUGGCACAUCCUGAAAGAGUUCAACUCCACACAGCUAGCUGCUAUGGCCCCAGAACACGAAAUACCAAAGAUUGGCUGGUAUAGUCGAUUUGCGCGUCACCCUUAUUAUGGGACAACUGGAGUCAAUUCUGGAGUGAUGCUAAUGAAUUUAACACGGAUACGCAACACUCAGUUCAAGAACAGCAUGAUACCAAGUGGUUUGACUUGGGAGGAAAUGUUAUAUCCAUUAUACCAAAAGUACAAAAAUUACAUUACAUGGGGAGACCAGGAUUUACUAAAUAUAAUUUUUUACUUUAACCCAGAAUGUCUCUAUGUGUUUCCAUGUCAGUGGAACUACCGGCCUGAUCACUGUAUGUAUGGAAGCAACUGUAAAGGUGCAGAAGAAGAAGGUGUCUCUAUUCUGCAUGGAAAUAGAGGUGUCUACCAUGAUGACAAACAGCCUACAUUCAAGGCACUCUAUGAAGUGAUACGUGAUUUUCCAUUUGAAGACAAUCUCUUCCAGUCUUUGUACUACCCUCUGCAGUCUAAGUUUCUGGAUACAGUGCACACUUUAUGUGGGAGAAUUCCACAAGUAUUUUUGAAGCAAAUUGAGAAAACUAUGAAGAAAGUGUAUGAAAAUCGUGUCAUUGUCUACUUGGGGGCCAACCACAGAUACUAAAUGUAGCUGUAUUUUUAUGCAGAGUUUUUAAUUCUUGCACCUCAUCUCAUGAAGCAUAUAAAUGAAGAGUAUGAACUCCUUUACUGAAACUCAGAAUUAAAAUAUUUUCCUUAUCCAAUUUCCUAAUAACCCCUGAAAUUACAAAAGCAGAGGAAAUCCUAGAAGUCUACCUAAACUGUCCUUUCUUAGGCCUUUUGUUUUCUUCCUACGUUUACUCUUGGUUGCAACAGGGAGAGGUGAUGAUUCUCACUUUUAUUUGACGAGUUAAUUUGGUUAUUUGUUUAAGUACAGCUGUAUUCACUGUAACUUUUUUGGAAGUUGUGCAAAAGCUUGUACUGAUCUUAAGCUUUACAAAGAAGUUACGGCUUGAGCUAUGUAACAUAAGGAAUAUAACUCUUGAAAUGAUAGGGCAAAUGUUCUUGACUGUCAUGAGAAUACUGAAUUACCGAAAAGAUCACUCUUGUGAUAGGAUGAGUUAAAAUUUACUAUAGUGAAGGGAAAGUAUUUGCUUAAAAUUGCACUUCUGUCUGAAGGUAUCUUACCUGCUAUUCUUCACAUGUAGGACCUAAGAUUUCUCUUACUUAAAAAGAUUAGGGGAAUAGAAGUGCCUAUUUACUUUGUAUUUUACAGCACUUUCUGUCUAGUGAUUGUCAUUUUUCCCUUCUGCUCUUCAGUAGUUUUGUGAGGGCUUCUCGUGAAGGAAUUAGAAUGAAAAUAAUUACAGCAUAAAUAGGAAAACCAUGUGCAAGAAAUGGGAGGGCGAUGCAGCGGAAGCUGUGGCACCUGCCCAGCCAAUGGAGAACAGCAAGGGAAUCCUUUCUUGCGUGGAGUACAGUCAUGGUCUUCCCCUCCAGUCUCUUACAGUUUUCAGAAUGUAUUCUCUAACUUGGUAAUACUAAUUACAUUAGACACAGUCCAAGAAUAUUGUGAAUGAAGAGUACAAAAACAAGUACUCUUUAAUUAAUCCCCUUUAAUUGGUAUUUACUGCAGAGUAACAAGGGUAUGCCACCGACAACCGUUCUUCCAUCCCUAUGUUGGGAGACUGUGAAUGCUGCCUCUGACUCCCCUCUUCUGCUUCACCAGAAGCCUGGGGCAUAGAAAUGUAUUUCUGCCUGGCACCUUCGUUCUUGGAAGUCAAGAGUUUUAUGCUAGGAUCAUAAUGAAUAGCCCCAAAGUAAAAGAGGAUACAUGAUGGCUUUGAUGUUUAUUGAAAAUAAUUCAUUUAGUUUAGAUUUCGAAAGUAUGAUGAUCAUCUUACGAUAUGCACAGAUGAGCUUAUUAAAACUUGCAGUAGCUGAAAGGUGCUUGGGACGAGUCAGUGGGGAACUGAAAGUGAGGACACUCUUAAAAAGCAGUGAUAGAAGAGCAGACUCCCAGAGGGCAUUUUCUAAGUGUAAGCCCUGAGGGGUGUGUGUAGGUGAGCGCUUGAAGAAAACAGCAGAGAAAAUGAUCUUACUUUUCAAGUCUGUUCAGCAAAAAAAAUUAGCCAUUACUUGGAACUACUCACUUUACGUCUAAUAGGCAAGUAGGAGAGGGGUGAGGAGGGUGAGAUACAUGAAGCUUUUCUCUAAUGAAAGAAAAACUGAUACAGAUUGUAUGUCCUGUACAUAUAACAUACAUCUAUUCGAGAUAAAUAUUUGGUGUGUGUGGAUGAGGGAAAGGAUAUGUUUCCUGAGUUAAAAGGUAGGAUUUCUGAAGAAUUGCAGUUUUGGGGGUUUCUACCCUAUCCAGUCAGGACUGAUGCACAGUUUCAUAAGAAAACAGACUCCAAGAGAAAGUUCUUUUAGCUUGCACAUUCCUCUCUCCUUGUGUGGCAGCUCAUGAGAGGAGGGAAAAUGCAGGCCUUGCUGGCAUCUCAGGCUGCCAGAUAAACAGCCUGUACACAGGAUGAAGUGCUGACAAACUUUUUCCAAACACUAGAGUGUGAAAAUGUCUGUGACACAUCCGUAAGUGUGCAUGGUGAAUGACACCACAUGGCAAACAGCAUCACUGCAGAGCCAUCCGAGUAGAGGAAGUGUUAAGAUAGAGGCUUGGAAUAAGGGGCAGACGGUCUUGGUGCUAGCAAUUUCACUGCUGGUCUGUGCACACAGGCAUGACAAACAGAAACGUCUGUUGUUUGCGCCUCUGCGUGCUGCAAAUUCUAAUCAACAACUUGUGCGUGUUUCUGACUCAGAUCCGUUAUCUUGCAGCCUUUGCCACGUAAGUGUAAAUCGACAUGCAAAGGACAGAGGCAGCUCUGCAUCUAUUUUGAUUGAAAGCCCGGGACCCAUUUAAACUGAAGUGUAGACGUUACUGUCUCUCGCAGCUUGCCUUAGUACUUCCUAUUUUUAUCUGAAGUUUUAGUUGCUACUUAAAAAGAACAGUACAUUUCUGGCUACAGAGAAAAGUUUGAAAACGUAACCCAAAUGAACCUUGAAGACUUCAGAGCCAGAAGGCAAUGAAAGGAAAAUUCAAUAUGCUGUUUUAAAAAGUUUAAGAUAAUGUAAGCCUAACACACGACAGGUAAACCUUUUAGACUAGCAAUACUGAGAACUUGUAAAAAAUAUUAGCUUGCUUUUUGAUCUUUAUUUUCAAGCAUCAGGGUAAAGCUGACUGUAGGUCAAACGAGGCUAGAUGAGACGCAUGCUGGGCACUCUGAAUUCCUCAUUUCUAUGGUAUCUACAGCCACAGAAAGUUGGAGAGCAAAAGUCUUGUUGCCCAGACAGUUGCAACUCUGGUGCUAAGCCUCUGAAGUUUAGGAGGCUGUGAUUGUGUAAGCUAUGAUUCAGCAGAACCCUGCAACUAUGGGCACAUUAAAAUGAAGGAAUGGAAUUCAUUACAAAACAAAGGCAUUAUUGCAUAUAAAAUGAUUAGAGAUUAAAACAGAGCUUUUUAUGUUUACAGGAGGUGCUACAUUAUGUUUAGAAAGAACUGUGUUAUGUUCUCAACAGCUAUUAAAAUAUAUGAAGUAUAUGCUUUAACAUGAAGACUUUUGUUAAUGUAAUACCAACUUGCAGGAAGAAUGGGGGAGGUUCCCCCCUGCUGUGCUUUUUCUGAGGAAAAAAGCUAUCAUUUGAGCUCUCCAAAGUGUUUUAAAACAAUUAUGUAACUUUGAUUUUUUUGUUGUUGUUGUUAGAAUUACUAAUUUAUAUUUUAUUACAGCUUCCAAAACCAUGUUAUAUUUUGGUUUUAACAGUAGUUGAUUCUAGUAUUAAUCUUAUUUAGAAACCAGUUUUAAUUCACUUUGUAUUUCAUACUUGUGGCUAAUUCCUUGUUAAUUAGCCUUCAUUUAUUUUAAUAAUGGGAUGUGUAAAUACUUCUA